GAAAAGUUCAUUAUUAAUUAUAGAUUAACGCAAUCGUGAAAGACGUGUUGUGUAUGCGGUACAUAGUCUCAUGUUUGACUCAGGUUCAAUUCCUGUACACACUUUUCUUUGUUCGAUAUUUUUAUUUAAUUUUUUGUAUUUGGUUUAAUUAGAAUUGAUUUAAAAUAGUGUAUUCAGGUUUUUCUAAUACCUGUUAUUGAGAAAUUUAUUUUCUAUAUAACAUUAUUCAUACUUCUUUUGAAUUGAUUUAUGUAUAUGUAAAACAGCCAUAGAGGCAAUCAUUUGAAUAUGCAUUCCUAUAUUUAAUCUCUUCAGUCAAAUUUGAACUACUUACAUAAACAUAUUGAUGAGAAAAUAUUCUAAUAUCCAUGGAUGCAUUCAGAAAGCCAAACGCGCAUGCACGCAUAUGUAUAUAAAUAUAUACAAACCUUCAACGAACGCAAAAUGUAUGCAUAUAAAAAACAACAACUGCGACCGUCUUCUUGUCCGUCAGUGAAAAGAUGGGAUAUGUAUACCCUAUGAGCAAAAAGAACCGGGAAGGUGAUGUUGACUGUUUCUUUCGAUUGCCAAGGCAUAGUCCACCAUGGGCCAGACAGUCAAUAGAGAAUAUUAUUUAUCCGUUUUGAAACCUUAGAGAGAUGCUGUGUGUUGCAAACCGCCAGAAAUGUGAGCAAACAAUUCUCAGAUUUUGCAUGAUGAUAACGCGCUAUCGCACUGAUGAAAUAGAAUACAAAUCGGCCUGCCGGGGGUGUUUGGAGGACUGGGUUAAACGUUGGCACAUGUGUGUUGCUUCAGACGGGUCAUAUUUUGAAGGAGAUAAUAUAAAUCUGCCUUAAAUUUAACUCUGUUUUGUUUAAUUUAAACAUUCCCGGUACUUUCUGAUCAUAAGGUACAUAUAUGCAGCUUUGCGGACAGCAAUGUGUGAUUCGCUGUAAGUCGCAUUAACUCGCGACUGUCGCACAGUUAGAAGACAUAUUUACAUACAUAUAAGGGUGCAUACAUACAUACGGAGCCGCGGCCACUCGACAUGACAAAAAUUUAAGAUUUAUCAAAUAUUUUCAAAUAAUUCCACGCGAAAUAUUCCAAUAUUGACUAUUUUCGAAUGGUCGCGAAAAUGAAUGGUCGUUUUAUGAAUGAAAUUGAAAUAUGAGCUCUAAUGCUGAAAACAGUGAAGCCCGUAAACGCAAUUCCGGCCCAGCUGUUUCAAUCAAACUAAUGAGAGCCCCAUGUAAACGAAAAGUUCCUUCCUUCCGUAUCGUAGUACCGUAGAUUUUAUUUCACGAUUAUUAAAAAAAAUUCCGUAAUUUUGACCCAGCUGAUUGCACUCUCACCACACAGUGUUGCCAAGCAGUACAUUUCGAAAUCAUUUACAAAAUAAACUUAGAAAAAUUAUAAUUUUUGUUAAAAUAGCUUAAAAAUACUGUUCAAUAAUGUUAAUUAUAGAUAAAUGAACUAUUUGCAUUUGUUGGUUUUUGGCUUUGGUUUAUUAAACAAUGAAAAAUUGUAACUGAUAACGCGGAAGUGUGAAAAAGUGUGUAAGCAAAAAUAUCAAUGGCAACAUUGUGUCGAUACAAGCAGAUGCAUAUGCAUAUAUAUUUAUAAAUUUGUGUACAAACACAUAAAACACGGAAAUGGCGCUGAACGAUGAGCAUCUUGUAUCCCUAGUACAAGAUAAAAAGGAACUCUACGACAAGAGCAAUCCUCUAUAUAAGUUGCAGGGAAGAAAAACGAUGAUAUGGGAACAGAUCGGAAAGGAGCUGCGCACAAGUGGUGAGUGGGAGCUAUAUUUACUAGUAUUUCAAAUUUCAUAACAAAGUUAUUUUAAAGGUGAGGUAUGCAGACGGAGGUGGUUAGCUCUUCGCGAUCGAUAUGGCAGAGAAGCCAGAAAAUCAGAAGCACCAUCAGGCAGUGGAGCAGACUACCAGAGGCAGUGGUAUCUGCUUGAAAGCAUGUCGUUUUUAAGGCCGCAUGUUAUUCCUCGACCAAUUAGGUGCUCACACAAUGUGUGCCCAGCAGUAGCUUCGCUUACACCUUCAAUUGCUACUACUACGCUCUCACCGUUGCCACCAAUAGUGCCAGAAGAAGAGUUUUUUGAUGAUGUAGAUUCACCAUUGCCAUCAACAUCAGCGACAUCUCCACCCCAGUCACAGCGACCUAGCGGAAAAAAACGGGACAGAAGUGCUGAGGUCGAGAAUGGCAUCUUGGAAGCAAUCGAUCUCUUGAAAAAGAGAUGCCUAGAAAGAGAAAAUAAACCAAACAACUCGGCGGACUCCUUCGGUUACAUGAUUGGCUCAAUGGUUGCCAAAAUGAGUGCAGCUAAGCAAGCCCGGGCCCUGCAAGGAAUCCUCGAGGUUAUAUUUAAAAUAGAGCAGGAGCCGGAAUGAGGGUUUUUUUUUAGUUUGAAUUUUUUUUAAUUUAGCUUUAUAAUUCGUUGAAUUUUUUUUAUUUUUAUCUUUUAUUUCAUUUUUUUAAGUUUACUUUUAAGAAUCUUUGAAUUGUAUAGCAUACGAAAAGAAAGAAUGUGGAAUAUGAAUACUGUUAUUUUGUAAAUAUAUAAACUUUGUACCUGAAUUUUGAAAUAAUAAAAGAACUACUUGAAGAAUGAAAAUAUUUCCAAAUAUUUUUAACUGCAUAAAAUUACAGUUGGACUUUAUAUUUGUAAGUAUAUUUAUGUAUAUAAAUUGCAUAACUAAAAGUUCGUAAAUAAAAUUCAUAAAUAAAUAAACAUAAAUAAUAAAAUAAUUCAUUAUAUUUAUAUUUGUUUCACUUCACAUGUCUUUCAAUUUUAUAUGUAGGGUCCGCCAAUGGAAAGGUCUAUGUCAUCUUGGUAUGGUAAAGCUCCAUCAUUUAUGAAAUAAUCAGCAAGCCUAUCGCGGAUAUUAAAUGCAUUUGUUGAAGCUCUCCGAAUUGUAGUCCGUAUACGUGGUAAUGACGAUUCACUAUUAAUUUCUCGUCGCCAUUCCCCACAAUGAACGAUGUUGCCUGGUUCUUGUCGAUCAACAUAAUUUUCAGGGCAAUACCAACGAUUGCGAUUGUUUAAAAUUAUAAAAUUGUGUAAAACAAUGCAGGCCAGCACUACUUUUUCGCAAUUUUUAGGGUCACAUUCAAUCGUGGUGCGAAGAAUUCUCCAUCGCGCCGUUAAUAUUCCAAAGCUGUUCUCUAUUACUCUACGCGCUCUUGAAAGGCGAUAAUUAAAAAUCCGCUUGGUUCUUGGUUAGUUAAAUUCGGGAUAUGGACGCAUCAAGUUUGUUCUCAAUGGGAAUGCAGCAUCACCAACGAAAAAAUGUGGUAAUGGUUGGGGCGAUUCCAUAGAUAUACGCGCGGGAGGCGGUAGUGGCAAAGUAUUUUGCAUCAAGUUCUGUCCAAACGAUGAAAGUUGAAAAACGCCUGUAAAAUAUACAUAUGUAUUAGGUGAAAUAACUUACUACAUUUAAAUUUUAUUACCUCCGUCACUCUGACUACCAUAACUCCCGAUGCUUACUGCAGUGAAAGUAUACUUGGCAUCACAAACGGCCAUCAG